AUGUUCGUUUACAAGCGAGACGGACGCAAAGAACGCGUGCAGUUCGACAAGAUCACUGCCCGUGUGUCGAGGCUCUGUUAUGGCCUCGAUCCGGAGCACGUUGAUGCUGCCGCUAUCACCCAAAAGGUUAUCUCUGGUGUGUACCAGGGUGUCAACACCAUCGAGCUAGAUAACUUGGCUGCGGAGACUGCGGCAUACAUGACAGUCACACACCCCGACUACGCUAUCCUGGCCGCUCGUAUCGCCGUCUCCAACCUUCACAAGCAGACCAAGAAGCAAUUCUCGAUGGUCAUCUCCGACCUCUACCACUAUGUCAACCCCAAGAACAAUAAGCCCGCUCCCAUGAUUUCCAAGGAGCACUACGAGAUUGUCAUGAAGCAUGCAGAAGAACUUAACUCUGCCAUUGUCUAUGACCGUGAUUUCAACUACAACUAUUUCGGCUUCAAGACCCUGGAGCGUUCAUAUCUCCUUCGGAUCAACGGCAGUAUUGCCGAGCGUCCCCAGCACCUGCUGAUGCGUGUUGCUGUGGGCAUCCACGGUGAGGACAUUGAGAAGGCCGUUGAGACAUACCACUUGAUGUCCCAGAAGUAUUUCACUCACGCUUCUCCCACUCUGUUCAACGCUGCUACCCCGCAGCCCCAGCUGGCCUCCUGCUUCCUCGUUGACAUAAAGGAGGACAGCAUUGAGGGUAUCUAUGAUACCCUGAAGACCUGUGCCAUGAUCUCCAAGACUGCUGGUGGUAUUGGUCUAAACGUCCACCGUAUCCGUGCCACUGGCUCCUACAUUGGUGGAACUAACGGCUCCUCCAACGGUAUCGUUCCCAUGCUCCGAGUCUACAACAACACUGCCCGCUAUGUUGACCAGGGUGGCAACAAGCGUCCUGGUGCUUUUGCGAUCUACCUGGAGCCCUGGCACGCGGAUGUUUUCGAGUUCCUCGAUCUCCGCAAGAACCAUGGCAAGGAGGAAGUCCGUGCCCGGGAUCUUUUCUAUGCUCUAUGGACCCCUGAUCUCUUCAUGAAGCGUGUCGAGGCCAACGGUGAAUGGACCCUGUUCUGCCCCAACGAGGCUCCCGGUCUGGCCGAUGUCUACGGCGAUGAGUUCGAUGCUCUGUAUGAGCGCUACGAGAAGGAGGGCCGUGGUCGCAAGACUAUCAAAGCUCAGAAGCUCUGGUACGCCAUCCUUGAGGCUCAGACCGAGACUGGCAACCCCUUCAUGCUGUACAAGGAUGCUUGCAACAAGAAGAGCAACCAGAAAAACCUCGGUACCAUCCGCAGCUCCAACCUGUGCACUGAGAUCAUUGAGUACAGCGCUCCCGAUGAGGUCGCUGUCUGCAACUUGGCUUCUCUUGCUCUCCCCACCUACGUCGAUGCUGCCCGUGGUGAGUAUGACUUUGGCAAGCUGCACGAGGUCGUCCAGGUCCUGGUUCGCAACCUGAACAAGAUCAUCGACAUCAACUACUACCCCGUUCCUGAGGCCAAGAAGAGCAACUUCCGCCACCGCCCCAUUGCUCUGGGUGUCAACGGUCUCGCUGAUGCUUUCCUCGCUCUGCGUCUGCCCUUCGACUCCCCGGAGGCCAAGCAGCUCAACACUCAAAUCUUUGAGACCAUCUACCACGGUGCUCUGACUGCAUCCUCGGACCUGGCUAAGCAACUCGGCCCCUACGAGACCUACCCAGGCUCCCCCGUGUCGCAGGGUAUCCUGCAGUAUGACAUGUGGGAUCGCACCCCUACCGACCUGUGGGACUGGUCUGCUCUGAAGGCCAAGAUCGCCGAGACUGGUGUCCGCAACAGUCUGCUGGUGGCCCCCAUGCCUACCGCCAGUACCUCCCAGAUCCUGGGCUUCAACGAGUGCUUCGAGCCCUACACCUCGAACAUCUACUCCCGCCGUGUCCUGGCUGGUGAGUUCCAGGUCGUCAACCCCUGGCUGCUGAAGGAUCUGGUCGACCUGGGCUUGUGGUCAGACAACAUGAAGAACCGCAUUAUCGCCGACGGCGGCUCCGUCCAGAACAUCCCCAACAUCCCCGCCGACAUCAAGGCCCUCUACAAGACCGUCUGGGAGAUCUCCCAGCGCUCCAUUCUGCAGAUGGCUGCCGACCGCGGCGCCUUCAUUGACCAGUCCCAGUCGCUCAACAUCCACAUGAAGGAGCCCACCAUGGGCAAGAUCACCUCCAUGCACUUCGCCGGCUGGAAGAUGGGCUUGAAAACCGGCAUGUACUACCUCCGCACCAUGGCCGCCUCCGCCCCCAUCCAGUUCACCGUCGACCAGGAGCAGCUCAAGGUCGAGGACACCAACGUCGCCCGCACCAACCCUUCGUACAAGAAGCGCACCGUUGGCGCUGCCUCCUCCUCCGCCUAUUCCGCUGUGCCACGCGCCAACGGCUCUGAGGAGGCUACCGCCGCUGUCAACGCCAGCCCCAGCCAAGAGAGCCCGCGCACUCUGGUCGAGCCUAUUGCCGCUGCCACGGCUACUGAGUCUAACGGCGCGGCUGCGUCUGAGGAGGCUGCUGAGGGCGAGACUGAGGGCAAGUCUGAAGAAGAUAUCUUCUCGGACAAGGUGCUCCAGUGCAGCAUUGAGAACAAGGAUGCUUGCAUCAUGUGCCAGGGCUAA